GUUCCUUUGAGAUCAAUUCUCCUCCUUUACUUCUUCUUCUUCAUAUAAACGACAUAUCCUCUCCUCCACAUCUGAACAAUUUCAUAGCAAACCCUAAAAUUGAGAAAGAGAGUUAAGUGAUAGAGAGAGAAAGAUGGGAAGAGGGAAGAUAGAGAUAAAGAGGAUAGAGAACGCAAACAACAGAGUUGUGACGUUCUCAAAGAGGAGGAAUGGGUUGGUGAAGAAGGCGAAAGAGAUUACAGUUCUUUGUGAUGCAAAAGUUGCUCUCAUAAUCUUUGCAAGUAAUGGUAAGAUGACUGAUUAUUGUUGUCCGUCCAUGGAUUUUGGUGCUAUGUUGGACCAAUACCAGAAGCUAUCUGGCAAGAAACUAUGGGAUGCUAAGCAUGAGAACCUCAGCAAUGAGAUUGAUAGGAUCAAAAAAGAGAAUGAUAGCUUACAAUUGGAGCUCAGGCAUUUGAAAGGGGAGGAUAUACAGUCUCUCAACUUAAAAAACCUGAUGGCCGUAGAGCAUGCCAUUGAACACGGACUAGACAAAGUCCGAGAGCACCAGAUGGAGUUCCUCAUGACAAAGAGGAGAAAUGAGAAAAUGAUGGUGGAGGAGAACCGGCAACUCAAUUUCCAGCUGCAACAGCAAGAGAUGGCUAUAGCUAGCAAUGCGAGAGGAAUGAUGAUGAGAGAUCAUGAUGCGCAGUUUGGAUUCAGAGUGCAGCCGAUCCAGCCAAAUCUUCAGGAAAAGAUUAUGUCUUUGGUCAUCGAUUGAUUCAUCAGGAUUUGCAAUCACAUCACCAAUCUACUAUGACCUACUUCGUGGUCCUUUAGUUUGUCUUUAUGAAUCUGUGUGUCGUCCUUUUAAUCUCGAGCCAUAUAUAUAUACUCUCUAUCUGACUUAAAAACUUAAGUUGUGUGUGCGUUGUUUGCUUAUGAACACUAUGUAUUAAUAUUAUUGGUUACGUUGU